AUAAACAAAACAAAACCCUGAAAUGGUCUGGACUCUGGAAGAGUGGAGAGCUAUAGUGACAGUUGUUAGUUUUCAAUUUUUUUGUCCUUACUAUUACAAAAGCUCGUCUUAGCGGUUCUUAAUCAAUAAAGUAACUACAAGUUUGGUGCUUUUUGGUCAUAUUACUCAAAGAAGAUAAGAAGUUGUGAUUGAAGAGCAGAGAGGUUUUGUUUAGAAGAAGAGUUUCUAGUUCUAGACAUGUCUGUUGCUUUACUAUGGGUUGUCUCACCUACUACUACUACCACAACAACAACAGAUGUCUCCAAAUGUUUUGGGUUCAUUGAUUCGUCAAAGUUCUUUGUUAAAGAUAGGAGAUUGAUGCUUAAUGGUGCUGCAAAAAAGAGUAGGAGACAGAAUUGGAAUUAUUGCUCUCCAGAUGCAGAUUUCAGAAGUGGAAGCAACUUCCCUGUAACAUCAAGCGUGGUGGCUAGCCCGGCUGGAGAAAUGGCUGUCUCGUCUGAGGAGAAGGUUUAUAGUGUCGUGUUGAAGCAGGCAGCCUUGGUUGAGAAGCAAUUGAGGUCUAGAGGGGAUCUAGAUGUGAAACCAGAUAUUGCCAUUCCAGGGACUUUGAGCUUGUUGAGUGAAGCUUAUGACCGAUGUGGAGAAGUUUGUGCAGAGUAUGCAAAGACAUUUUACUUGGGAACUUUGCUAAUGACUCCUGAAAGGCGAAGAGCUAUAUGGGCAAUCUAUGUGUGGUGUAGGAGGACGGAUGAGCUUGUUGAUGGGCCUAAUGCGUCGCACAUAACACCAACAGCUUUAGACAGGUGGGAGGCAAGGUUGGAAGAUCUUUUUCAAGGUCGUCCAUUUGAUAUGCUUGACGCUGCUGUAUCAGAUACUGUUACGAAAUUUCCUGUUGAUAUUCAGCCAUUUAAAGACAUGAUUGAAGGAAUGAGGAUGGACCUAAGGAAGUCAAGAUACAAGAACUUCGAUGAACUGUAUCUUUAUUGUUAUUAUGUCGCUGGGACUGUCGGAUUGAUGAGCGUUCCAGUGAUGGGCAUUGCACCUGAAUCUCAGGCAACAACAGAGAGUGUUUAUAAUGCUGCCUUGGCAUUAGGUAUUGCGAAUCAGCUAACCAACAUACUCAGGGACGUUGGAGAAGAUGCAAGUAGAGGUAGGAUAUAUCUACCACAAGAUGAGUUGGCAUUGGCUGGGAUAUCGGAAGAUGACAUAUUUGCUGGAAGGUUGACCAAUAAAUGGAGAAACUUCAUGAAGAGUCAAAUUAAGAGGGCGAGGAUGUUCUUCGAUGAGGCAGAGAAAGGUGUGACAGAACUGAGCGCAGCCAGUAGAUGGCCGGUAUGGGCAUCGUUGCUGUUGUAUCGUCAAAUACUAGACGAGAUAGAAGCUAACGACUACAACAACUUCACGAGAAGGGCUUAUGUGAGCAAGGCAAAGAAGCUACUUGCUUUGCCGGUUGCAUACACAAGAUCUCUUAUCCGUCCAUCAAGAACAGCUUUGGCUUCCAACAAGAUGUGAACAGAAUUCUCUAUCAUCAUGUAUAGUACAGUAUAUCAAUCAAGGUAGAGGAUAAAAAUUUAUAUAUUGUAUACUAGAGUCGAUGUAAUGCAGCAAGUAAUGAUUUGAGUUUCAAAUGCAAAAUGGUUUCUUCACCUUUUUAAGAUGAUUUUUUUGCUUCAACGAUGGAUUGGUUAUUGAAAGACUCUGUUUUGACGA